AUGGAACAGGCUGGAUGGAUGGGAAAAAACAGAGAUCCCAACAAGAAAGACGGCGAAGAGCAUGUGUCACGCCCUCUUUCCGCCCUCAAAGAUCCGGCCUCGUUUGGCCCGCCGCCUAAGAACGUCAACUAUCACGGUGGCGCUGCCUUGCCCAACGAGAUCACGCCGCAGAGAGGGGGAUGGGGUGCCCCUUUGACCCAAGACCAAAUUUCUAGCGCGAGUCGAGCCGUGGAGAACCCCCAGGAGGAAGAGGAGGAGAGGAAGCCUGCAGGGCCGCCUUUGCCAUAUCGUGCGGAUAGAACUGGGCUCAAGACCGACCACCUACCGCCUCCUCCCAUUCAUCGUGAUUUAUAUCGAACACCCGAAGCUGAGGAAACCGCACCAGUCAAGCCCAAGCCAGGCUUGCCUCCGAGACUGCCUUCUCGGCAGAACACAGGGGGUACACCUCCACCUGUCGCACGUGCUUCUCUGCCAACAACCGCUCCGCCAGCGUACGAUCCCAUGCCUGCCGCUGCUCCCAGCUCACAGCCGAGCACGAAUUACGGUGUCAAUCAAGCUGCCAUCAACAGGUUAGGGAAUGCCGGUGUCUCUGUUCCUGCUCUGGGUAUCGGAUCUGAUCAAAACUCGAAUCCCUGGCGCAGUGAGCAAAGCCAGACAAGCCUGCCAAAGAGUCCACCAGUCGCCUCCCAACCGCCUGGAAACCAGCUAUCAGAACUACAAGCUCGUUUCGCCCGUAUGAAUUCCAAUGCCAGCUCCGGACAAAAUUCAAACACCUCACCUCCAUUUGUCACGCCCGCCCAGUCUCCUCCGCCGGCCGCCGCCAAUGCACCUCCCCCUCAACAACCCUACACGGGACAGCCGCAACCACAGGGACAGACGCAAGGGACGACGUGGGCCGAGAAGCAAGCCGCAAUGCGCACCGCCCAAAACGCUUACAAGGAUCCUGCAUCCGUUUCUGCUGCAGACGCCGGAUCGGCUGUCCGCACCGCCAACUCCUUUCGAGAACGACACCAAGAGAGCAUCAGUGCAGCGGGCGUUAAAGCUAACCAGUGGAACAAGAAAUAUAACGUCACAGGGCGCCUCAACUCAUUCCUCGAGAAGCAUAACUCGUCUUCGACCCCGGAGGAUGCCCAAUCGCCUAAUAGUAUGAACGCUCCCGGAAACGCUCCCAUGCAAGUGUCUCCGCAGAACCAGACCGCCGAGAUGGCCGCCUCGAUAUCGCGCAAGCCGCCGCCACCUCCACCGCCGAAGAAACCAGCAAAUAUGCAUGGCAGCGUUGGCUCGAUGGGAGUUGCGCCGCCGCCAGUGCCGCUGGGGACAAAGCCCAGUUAUUCAUGA